ACCACCAAGACGAAAGAGAUGAAGAAUUCUUCCAACUGAGAGACAGAGAGAGGACACGCCAUGUGCCAACAUGGCCCCAAUUGCAGUCCAAUCAGAGAGCGCCCUCCAACAUCGGCCAAUGCAAUUUUUUCACAAUACAGAAGGUUUUCUGUACCCAAACCAACAAAAUGAUUAAAGCAGUCUCCUUCUUGGUUAACCAAAACCCCCCAACCGAAUCUCUCUUUUGCUCUCUCUCUUUCUCUCGCUACAAAUCUACCUACAUUUUGCUUAUCUCAUGAACAUAUCUUCUUUACACUUUCCCGGGAUCUGAGUCUCCUUUAUUUUCCCUGAAAAACAAAGUUAAAGUGCUCCGUGUUUCACAAACACACACAUAUAAAAUCCGAGAUGAAGUUAAAGUGCUUCAAUCAUUAGUUAUAGUCAAAUUCUGCGCCUAUGACCCGGUUCUUGAAAUGGGUAAUAUCUGAUGCUGAUUGCUGGGUGUUCUUUUUAUUCUUGCAAAGAAAAGUUCACACACACUUCUAGAAGACGCCCAAAUCGUCCAAUGAUUGUGUCGUGGUCUUAUUUAAAGUGCGACCCAGAUCUUGAAAUGCAUAUCUAGUUUCCGAUAGUGGGCAUUCUUCAUUUCUUGCUAAAAUAAUCACACUCUUCUAGUAGACACCAAAGAUUGGGUUAUGGCCGGAUUUCGAGUAAUGGGUGUUUGAUAUUUGAUCUUGGGUGUUCUUCAUUUUGCUGGGGUCAAAUCAUAUUUGGGUUUUUUCUUUGGGAGGGAAUAGAUGGCUUAUCCACCGGACCAUGGGAUCGCUACUAAUGGGGCUUUGAGGUUGGUGUUGUUUUUGGUAGGUGUGAGUUUGGUUGGAUACACAGUUGGGCCGCCACUGUACUGGCGCUUGAAGGGGAAUUCAACUGGUCAAGCUUCAUGUCCUUCAUGUGUUUGUGAUUGCUCUUCAGAGGAUCUCCUCUCCGAACCUUUAGCAGGAAUCGUCAACAGCUCAUUUUCUGACUGUGGUAAAAAUGAUCCUGAUAUGAAUGAGGAAAUGGAGAAGGAUCUUAUAGCUUUACUGUCAGAGGAACUAAGUUUAGUGAAAGCUGUUGCUAAUGAUACUAUGGAACAUUCCAAGGCAUUGAUAAUGGACACUAGGAAAGCCUAUUCACACUAUCAAAAGGAGGCAGAAAAGUGCAGUGCUGGAGUGGAAACUUGCGAAGAAGCAAGGGCGAGGGCUGAAAGAGAACUCGCAGAGGAGCUUAAGCUUUCAGCAUUGUGGGAGAAACGGGCUCGUGAAUGGGGGUGGAAGGAUAACAGAAGAACACGCUCAUGAUUUUUUAGUUAUUAUGUUUUUGUUUUAUGCUAAUGUUAGGCUUCUGAUUUUGACUUGUCAUUGUACAACUGAUUUUGAGGUCUCUUGUGAAUAUAGAUACGUUUAACACUAUUUACUUUUCAACUGGUCUUGUAUACUAUUUACAAUAAAUCCAACCUCUCAUGCAUUGGAUUUCUACUGUAAUUAUUGAUCUUUUUGUAGUUAUAAUCAGAAGGAAAUAAGGGAGGUCA